AUGAUCCUUAUGCAACGAGGUGCUAUCUUGCAAGUCCAAGGAUGUCUACCUAGACCAUGUUCCGAUGCUCCCAGUGUGACAAGUCUUAUCAGAGAAAAGCUCAUCUUCAACGUCAUGAGAUACCGGCCAGGCCGCUACUGCGUGCCCAUUCUGCGGGAAGUCCUUUCUGAAGCCCCUGUUCCCGCAGGCAAGCCAGGGAGGAAAAGGCAGUCCUGUCAGCAAUGCUUCUCGACGAAAAGAGCCUGUGAUAAAGGCUCUCCAUGCCAUCGUUGUCAUCUGCUCGGACUGUCAUGCACAUUCGAGCCCCAGAAAGCACUUACCCCCGCAGAUUCUGGUUCAAGGGGUAUCUCAUCUUUGCCUCCAAUGCACGCUUCUGGAUCGUCACGAGACAGUCCGCUGUUUUCAUUCCUCCGGCACUUUACCGACCCUGGCCGGGAAAAGGAUAGACUCGCCAUUGGGACGACGGCAGAAUGUUCUGUCCGAAGAAAUCUAGAAACGCUCUAUUCUCAUAUCCAAGAUGCACUCAUACCGCUCGAUUCCAUGGCCGCUUGGUUUGGUGACCUCUCUGGUUCUGGCUCUUUCUUUUCCCCUCCUUUCAGCACGGAUGAUUUUAUCUCUGCGGACUUUCUGGCCUCCGGUCCCGGGCCUACUAAACUCUCGGGACAAUUAAAUGAGCUCAUGAUGGAAGUUGUUGAAACCUCCAGGUCCAUGGAGCUGGAGGGCUCUAGCACUAUGCAGUUGCCGCUCGACACUACGCAGCUUGUUCCCCUUUUUACGGUCUCUAAUGUUGGCAUAUUCGUCUCAGUCUUCUUCCACUCCCUUUACUGGCAUCUGCCAGUCGUGCAUUUUCCCACGUUUGACCCGGGCAAUAUAUCCAAUCCGCUCUUACUCUCAACUUUUUUGACAGGCGCAACGUACAGCAAUUCACUCAACGAAGCAGCCCUAUUACCCAGACUUCUCGAUGUCGCUGAAGAGUAUAUCUUCCGAAAGGUCACCGCCUUGUCAACUCAGUCUGGUCCACCGAUUCUCGAUCCUACGAGCAACUGGAGUACGAUACAACUCAUUCAAGCAGGUUUGAUCAUUGAAAUGCUUCAAUUCGGUCAAGAAAGAGUGGAAACUAGACGCCGCAUUCGAGUCAUUCGUCAUCCUAGCCUAGUUUCUCUCAUGCGUUGCUUGGGCAUUUUCAAUCUGAAGCGAUCAAAGCCUUCUACAGUUGUUGAUGGUGAUGAUACUUUGUGGAAAUCAUUGAUCGCAGAGGAAGUCUGUAUACGUCUUGCAUCGUGGACCUUUCUUGCUGAUGGAUUCCUCACGCUCUGUUUCAAAAACCGCCCCGCGAUUUCCAUCUUCGAGCUCGACUGUCCCUUUCCCUGGAAGACAGGGCUAUGGGAGGCAGAGAAUGCAUCCGCCUUCAGCCAGGUCGCUAUGGACCAUGAAGAGGAGCUUCCGCUGCCUUCUGUAAGAGAAGCAGUUCGAUUACUACUUGAAAGUCCGAACCCCGGCCCCGUACCUUCUAGAUUCUCACUGUCAGCAGAACAUCUGCUAAUCAUAAUCUAUGCGCUGAAUUCUCUCGCUUUCAUGGCUAGAGUUGAUUUCUUUGAGGCUGUAUCGUUGGAGAAAAUAAGGCGUGCUGCCAGUAACUGGAAACAAAUAUGGGAUUCAUCCUCGAACAACGAGCAAAAGCUUCUCCUGGGAUAUCCGAAACACGCCGAGGAGCUUUGGUUACUACUGACUGUCACCCUUGACAUUGACAGACAACGCACGAACCUCCCGUACCUGGACACUGACAGCGCUGCAACGGAUGAUCUUGGGAAAUUGAACCAAUUCAUUGAAUGGUGCAGUCGGUACAUGAAGACGCCGAAUGCUUUGAACAAGGGAUGA